AUGAUUACAUCACGAUCUCUCCUGAUCCCUGCUUCUCUGCUACUAUUCUCGUCUCUUACACAUGGUCUCGACAUUCCUGCUGAUAUCGUAACUCAAUGUAACGCGGCAUACACAUUUUUCAGCGAACUGGGAGUCUCUCAAAUACCAUGGCAGAUCGGUUCUGAUCAAUGCUGCUCUUACACCGGUGACAAAUGGCCAUAUGCUAGCCCAACUAACAGCAAUUCGUCGAUGCCUUUGGUCGGCUGUACGUUUCAGCAAGGAGUGAAAUAUAUCUGGGCGCUUCAAGCAACAAACGUGCCGGGAUGUCACGGCACUUUCUUCCCAUCACUGAAUGCUUUUCCAUGGUUGGAAUGGCUAAACAUUCAGAACUGUCAAUUAUUGAGUGUCAAUAUUCCAUUUGAGUCCAUCGGAUCCAGUGUUUCGGCAUUGCGAUUCCUGAUCCUGUCUGGACUGGGAAUGACUGGAAGCAUCACUGAUGAUCUCGCAAACAAUCUGUUCCGGGUGGAGCAAGUUGAUUUAUCAAACAAUAUGCUAUCUGGAUCAAUUCCGGAUUCCAUGGGCAGCAUUUCGACACUCAGAGACUUAGACCUACACAAUAACUCGUUGUCUGGAUCUGUGCCAUCCUCGUUCGCCAGAUUGUCGAAUUUGAUGAUUAUGGAGCUGCAACAAAACCAAAUAUCUGGUUCCCUACCUGACUUGUAUUCUCUUCCGUUGACACAAUGCUCACUGGCAGGAAACGACGUGUGCCUAGAAACUAAUGUGAUGGUUCCAAAUGCUUGUGGAAGCAUAAAAUCAUGUAUUUCUGCUGGGUCUGCAACUGGAGGUUCCGCCAAUUCUGUGACUAUUGGAGUGGCCCUUGGAGUGUCCAUUCCCGUUGUCGCUGUUGCUCUCGUCAGUGUGCUUGUCGCUGUUGUCGUUUUGGAUAAGAAACGUGGUCAAAAGGCCAUAAACCGCGAGUCAAUUGUAGCACAAAAGACGGCAGAGAUUCCUCUCCAUCAUUAUGAAAGGGCCUUCCCUCCUCCAGCCCCCGGUCGAACUUAA